CCGUAUGAGCGCGGUGAUUGGCUAGCCGCUGCUGUUAGUGUAGAUUGGCUGAAGGUUAAAAUGCUGUAUAUGGGGUUCGGCUUAUGAGAGAAGACUGUUGCUUUUAUUGGCAUUCAGUUAAGGCUAACGGCUGGCACGGAGGGCGUUGCACCAUGUUGCUGUCACGGCUCCGAUUCCAGCAGCUUCGAACUCUGAGCACACAGGCUCCUGGACUGUCACAGCUUGACAACUCAACAGGCUUUCUGUCUCAAGUGCCUCACCGGAAACAUCCUGGAAUCCUGCACUUAAAAUUAAUUUGUUUACCACAAAAGGCCCACAAUGCUGUUCAGGUUCUUCUGAAAGAAUGCUCCAUCAGACAGCUGGAGGAUCGUGUCACAGCCCUGAAAAAUUACCUCUGGAGUCGGAAACGACCAGCUGAAGAAAGUGAUUUGAGAGCACAGGCUGCAGAGUUGGAGAGGAAGACCAAAACCUAUAUGGGAAGCAUUCCAGAGGAGGAUGUCUCUGUUCAGGAGGAGAAGGUACGGAAUAUUGUACUGAAAACUCUGCGGAAGAAUACUUACCACUGGCAGCCUCUGAGUUACACUGAUGAACUUUGUCUGGUGUACUUAGCUGCCCGCUUUGAUGGAGGAUUUGCUGCUGUAACAAGAGCUCUACAAGAGAUUCGUCAGCGUGUUCCUGAUUUCAAUCCACAGACGCUUCUGGAUUUUGGUUCUGGUGUGGGAUCAGUAACAUGGGCAGCCCAUGCCAUAUGGGGAGGCAGUAUUGGUGAAUACAUGUGUGUAGACAGCUCUGCAUCAAUGAACAAGCUCAGUGAGUUGGUAAUGAAAGGAGGAACAGAGACUGGAGAUAUGCAUGUCUCUGGAGUUUAUUUCCGCCAGUUUCUGCCUUUGUCUCCAAAGGUGCAGUAUGAUCUUGUAGUCUCUGCAUUUUCUUUGAAUGAACUUUCCAGUAUGGCUGAACGGCAGAAAACCAUUCAAACCUUAUGGAGGAAGACAGGGGCUUUCCUGGUGUUGGUGGAAAAUGGUACAAAGGAAGGACAUCAGCUUCUCAUGGAGGCUCGGGAAACAGUGUUACAUGUACAGGACAAACAGAUCUGGGACCAUCGUCCACCACAUAUGUUUGCUCCGUGCCCGCAUGAACUGGCAUGUCCCAAACUUGCUCAAAAACUUCAAGUGCCAUGUAACUUUACACAGCAUUACCAACCACUGCAUCUCAGCUUGAAUUCUCAACAACAAUGCGAAAAGUUUUCAUUCCUUAUAUUGGCCCGUAAUUUUGUUGGAGAAGCUGAUGCUCACUGGCCUCGUGUGAUUAGCCCUGUACUGCGCAGGCCACGCCACGUGCAUUGUCAUAUGUGCUGUGCUGAUGGUCAGAUUUACCAUGAUGUCAUCACUACUCGACGGCAUGGAAGGGACCUUUAUCGUUGUGCUAGAAAUAGUGAAUGGGGAGACCGCCUUCCAGCAGUGGUACCCUUUAGAGACUCUGAGGAAAUUGAAAGUGGUGGGAAAAGCACUGCCACAUAACCUCUUGAAAACAGGGAGACUGAUUCAAAUCUGACACUGUGUGUGUGUGUGUGUGUAUAGCAUUGAUGGAUAAAUCCUGUCUAUUUGCUCAACUAUUGUGAUGUUGCUCUUGACAUACAUAACAUUAGGCCCCUCUAAUGCCUGAUUGGAUGUAAAUAUUUACAUAUACCCAGCUCAACAUUGGACUAAAUAAGAUUUUCUCCAUGGCUACAUUUACAGGAUUACCAGGAAAUUUCUGUGGUUGUGAACUAACAUUAAUUUUGUUUUUCUGAGGUGUUACAUAAGCUCGUUUUAUGAAAUUGUUAUGAUUGCCUAAUAUAUCUCCCGAUGUCUGCACAAUCAUUGCUAGGCAGUUUCAGGUUUCCUUACAGCCCAUCCCAUACAAGUAUAAUUAAUUGACUCCUCUUUUCUGUUCUUAUCCUGUAACCAUAGUGUAUUGACUGUUCCCAUGUUAACAGCUGCUGGGUUCUCUACAUACUUUAGUUUUGCAUGUGGUAAUUAGGGGUUACCUAAGCCCCAGCCUUUAAUCUUACCACAUCAACGUCACACCUCUGUUUGCUUAAAAUAAUUUUAAUAUUGACUAGUGGUGACGUUCUAGAAUGAGUUUGCAAUUU